AAUGUACAAUAAUAUUGUUCAAGGGUUGAAAGUAGAGCAAGAAGCUCCAACUAAAGAUGCAGAGCCUUUGGAACAAGCUCCAAAAGACUUCAAUGAGAAUAACCAAAGCGACUUGCAAGAAAAAAACCUUACAGAAAACUUGCGAAGCUCACAAAAUGUCGAUGAAUUGCAUUCAAAUUUCCAAAACUCAAAUAGCGUCGAAAGCCAAAAGAAACUUCAGGUUGAAACUGAGUCGAUAGAGGUUAACACAGAUAUAGCGAAAACGAAAGAAAGCCAACAACCUGAAGAGGAACAUUUCGAAUCGACACUUCACUUAUCUCCCUCUGAAACAAAUCCUUUAGAUGACAACGACAAUCAUUCUCAGAAGCAGGACUCCCACAACAACUGGAUAAGAACAGCAGAGGACAAACAACUAUCCUCAGCACUAGACAAUCAAAAUUUGAGCGCCACUGAUUCUAAUAACCAAACGCUACCAAAGCUGCAACUUGACGGUAUACAAGAAAUCAACUCUUCCGACGACAUAGUACAUUCCAUAUCAAAAAAUGCAAAUGAAACAAAAAAGAAGAGUUUGACAAAGAAACAAACUGAAACAGAAGGUCUCAAAGAUAACAAACGGGCUUCGAUAAGUCGGAAAAAUUCAGCUACUCUUCUAUCUGGUCAAACUGGUUCUCCUAGUCCUCUCAAAAGACGUAAUAGUUCUCGAAGCUUAAAAGUAUCUGAAGAAAAGGCUUCAAGGAAUACUUCGCCGGUUCAAAGUGAUGCCACUAGUCCUGAACAGCAACGAAUGACAACUUCCAAAGCAGACAGUGCCAGCUCAGAACACCACAUGUCGCAACCUUCUAUUGUCAGACGCUCGUCAAGCAAAAGUCUCUACAAACCAACACAAAGUUCGGCUGCCAAAGAAAAGAAAAAACAAGAAGAGAACGCGGAUAACGGAAGAAUCUUUAAUAAUGCUUCUCAUAAGACAGGAAACUGGUCUUCUAAAAAAACAACACAACCAACUGGUAAUCAAGCAGCGUCUCACGAAAAAGAGACAAGCAAAAAACCGAAUAUUGGUAUAGCAAGGUUCAUGAAGCCCACUAUUGCAGCUUCUGCAAAGUUUUCGGAAAAGAAGAGUAGAGACUCGUCUGUAUCCAAAAAUUCCUGGAAAUUAUAAUAAUAAAGUGAUUCAAAAGAUU